UAUAUUGUCGGUUUAUUUAAAAUCAGUUUGCUCUCAACUUGGUAUUUAGUCCGCAAAUUAACCCACUAUGCCCGGUUAGGGUUAAAUGCAAUCAGCUGAUUUUGUUUACACCGUCUAAAGUUCAUUUCAUUUUUUCGCCCACUCUACGAUUAGAUUGGUUUGGUGAAGGCAACAAGUAUGUUUACUAAUUUAAUCGUACGGCGUGGAUUUUGCUUAAAUCAACUUUUUUGCAGACGGUACAGUAAGAUGAAGAAUGACCGCUCAGUAAAAGUUCCUGUUCAGCAGGGUAUAGUGGUAGGUCGGGAGCGCGAACUGCCGAGUGGAUUAAAAUACGAAUGCUUCUUGGGAGUGCCCUAUGCGGUUCCCCCAGUGGGAAAGCUACGUUUUCGGAGCCCGGUGCCGCUCGAGCACUUCGAUGCUGAUGAGUUGGACUGUACCAAGGAGGGCGAUGUUUCGCAUCAGCGGGACCCAUUAACACAAAGUGUGGUCGGCUCAGAGAACUGCCUUUUUCUCAACGUGUUUACACCCAAGAAGAGAACGACGGAACAACUUCCUGUUAUGGUGUGGAUACAUGGAGGUGGUUUCUUUUUUGGAAAUGGCAAUAGUGACUAUCACUUUCCAGCCAAGCUUUUAGAGCAAGACGUAGUGGUGGUGACCUUGAACUAUCGUCUGGGCGCACUGGGUUUUCUGUAUUUACCCGAGGAAGGAAUCCACGGCAAUGCAGGUCUGAAAGACCAGCGGCUGGCUUUGCAGUGGGUUCAAGAAAACAUUGCUAAUUUUAACGGUGAUCCCAAGAAUGUGACGUUGUUUGGUGAAAGCGCCGGUGCGGCCUCCGUACAAUUGCAUACAUACUCAAAACAUGCCAACAAACUGUUCCAUAAGGCCAUAAUGCAGAGUGGCACGGCGAAUAUGGAAUGGGUGCUACAAAAUCAGCCCGAAUAUAAGACCCGACGCUUGACUGAGCUCCUUGGUGGGAGCAUAGAUGAUUCCCAAUCAAUACUCAAGUUCUUACAGUCUCCAAGAGUGACGCCCAUGGCCAUGCUAGAAAGUAGAAUGGCGUUGCUGACGCCCGAUGAGCGACGUCGUCAUAUGCCUUUCGUUUUUAGGCCCGUCGUAGAGGAAUCCAUAAGUCCAGACAGUUUUAUUGAAGCUAAUAUUCUGGAUUUGCUUUACGAGAAGGACCGUUUGAAUGGAAUGCCCAUUAUUUUGGGCUACGUAUCAGCUGAGGGCAUUGCCAUGGUGGUAAAUGCAAAACGCAAGCUAGAUAUUUAUGAUCAGGACUUGGCGCGUCUAGUGCCGCGCAAUCUGAUUGUGGAGCCCAAUGCACCAGAAGCCUUAGAGGUGGCAAAGCACCUGCGGGCCUUCUAUUUUAAUGGUCAGGCGUUAACGCCGGGAAUUUUGGAUAAUUUAGUCGAUCUGCUCACUGACUUUCACUUCAACAUUGACCUCCAAUUCGCCGCAGAGGUACAUGCUCAUCGUCAGACUUCGUCGCCACUCUAUUUCUAUCGCUUUGAUUAUGUGGGCAAUCGAAAUAUGUAUAAGCGUAUGUUGCAGAGCGAAAAACUUCGAGGUGCCUGUCAUGGAGAUGAGCUAUUCUAUUUAUUUCAAAUGUCAGAUGAUGAAUCGCCGAUGACUAAGGAGGAUGAUGCAGUGUCUCACCGAAUAUGUGAAAUGUGGGCGAAUUUUGCAAAACACGGAAGACCGGCAAGAGAUUGGACACCCGUUCAGCCCCAUAGUGAGAAGAAUCAAGCUUACCAGUUGGACUAUUUCAGAAUAGAUCGGGAGUGUGGAAUGCGGCGUAAUCCCGAUGGCGAACGCAUUGAAUUUUGGCGAAGCAUGUACAAAAAGUAUAAACCUAACUGCUAUGAAGCUCUGAGAGCUAAACUAUAGUGAACAUUUAUUUAUAUACAUAUGUGAUAAGCAUGAUUUAUGUGAUAUGAAAAUUUAUGUAUGUACUAUAUAUACAUACAUAUGUAUAUAUGUACACAUAUUUUUCCAAAUGUGUUGUAUUAAAACCCCCAGCAAUUUUA